GCACGAGUCGUUUUAAUUUUCCGUUACGAAAAGCUUCGAUAGCGAUUUAAACCCAAAAAAAAAAAAGAAACGUGCCACCGGAUCAUUAUUGAUUUGAUCUAAUCCGUCGGAUAAGUUCAAUCGUGCCACCGGCGACACUCGACAGAUCUAUAAAACCCAAACUGUUUCUCUCUCUCUCUCUCCCUCUCUCUGUGGUUUCUGAGAAGUGAUAAGGCGUUCGAGUCGAUACGACGCCGAUUUGUGUUAUUCCCGGCGAUAGAGAGAGAGAGGUUGGAGAUGGAUGAUCGAGGAGGAGGCUCGUUCGUGGCGGUGAGGAGAGUUGCUCCACGGCUUGAACAGGGAAGCGUUUACCAUUCUUCAUCCUCUGCUGAGGUUGUGGCUGGAUCGGCAGCUUGGUUAGGCCGUGGCCUUUCCUGUGUUUGUGCUCAAGGAACUCAUGGCGACUCCCGUCCUUCUUUUGAUCUUACGCCUGCUCAGGAGGAAUGCCUCCACAAGUUGCAGAGCCGCAUCGAUGUGGCAUAUGACAGCUCAAUUCCUCAGCAUCAGGAAGCUUUAAAGGAUCUUUGGAAACUAGCCUUUCCUAAAGAAGAGCUACACGGAAUUGUAUCUGAGCAGUGGAAGGAAAUGGGUUGGCAGGGAAAAGAUCCUUCUACAGAUUUUAGGGGUGGUGGUUUCAUUUCUCUUGAAAACUUGUUGUACUUCGCUAAAAAUUUCCCGAAAUCCUUCCAAGACCUUCUGCGGAAGCAGGUUGGGGAUCGUUCUGUGUGGGAAUACCCGUUCGCCGUUGCUGGCAUCAAUAUUACCUUCAUGCUUAUCCAGAUGCUUGGCCUUGAAGCAGUGAAACCACGAAGUAUUGUUGGCGAAACAUUUUUGAGAUUCCUUUCGGUGAACGAAUCUGCGUUUGACCUUCUGUAUUGUAUUGCGUUCAAGCUAAUGGAUCAGCAAUGGCUCUCCAUGCGUGCUUCAUAUAUGGAAUUUAACACGGUAAUGAAAUCGACAAGGCGGCAAUUGGAAAGAGAGAUAAUGCUGGAAGACAUAACAAGUAUUGAAGAUAUGCCAUCAUACAGCCUUUUAAGUCAAUAAAUAGCCUACAGCUUACGAAGGACUACUAACACCUCAAGAUAUAUCGAAAAGCCCAAGACAACAACAGAGCAAACAAGCAAAAAUGGAAAAGAAGAGGAUAAGGUCUCUCACUCACUCACCACUUUACUUCUGAGAUUUGCCUUUAUCUUAGUGAUUGGCUCCAUGAGAUUUGGGACAUUGGGUUGUUAUUUCUUUGCAACAUAAAAUGCAGGUUUUGUUUCUUAUUGGAUUAGUUCUAACUUGUGUUGAUUGUAAAAACAUUGUUUGUUAGCUAUUAAAUUUACAUGACAUCUUAAUAAAUUAAAAUGGGAUGUGCUUUUGUA